AUGUCUGCUCAAACUCAAGUUAUUGGCAACUUGCCUAUUACAGAACCAGCUUCUAGUGAAGAAAACGAUAAAGGAAGAUCAUUAUUUCUUAAGCAUGUUCAACAAUAUCCAAUUGUAAAUUCAACUAAAUCGGCUAUUUAUUCAAUUCCUUAUACCAAAACGGUAGUUCACGCUGUAUCUCCUACUUUGAAAACUUUGAGAGAAAUUCAACCAAUUAAAUUGGCGGUAGAUACUGGCGAUAGCCUUGCCGAUUCUGUUUUGAAUCAAGUUGAUAAAUUUGUUCCAAGUUUAAAGACUCUAGAAGUGAAUCAUUUGACUGGUCCAAUAACUAGACCCAUCAAUGGUGCCGUGGAAGAAGUUCAUAAUGUUGUCAACUCAGUUAAUACCACUGUUAAUGAUAAAGUUAAUAAAACUUUAGUUGAACCUGUUUCUAAAGCCGCUGAAGAUAUAAAGGAAAAGAUUCAUCAUACAGUUUAUGACGAUGCUACUGGUAAAUCAAUUAUUACUACACAAGCUGAUGCUUUAGUCGGACCUUUUAAUGAAACUUUGGAAAAGUUUAUUGAUAAUCAUUUCCCAAAGACAGCAAAAGUAAGCAAAGUUGAUGGAAGUAGUGAAUUAUCUCGUACUGUCAAAAUUGUUGCUAAUGUCGUUUCUGGUAAUAAAGAUAAGAGCGGCGAAUUAGAUGAAGAGAAACCUAUCGCGGAACCAAUUGCUUCAACAGAAAUUACUUCAAACUUAUAGGAAUUCUGCAUGAAAUAAAGCUGGUUGUCUUGCAUCCUAUUUUUUACUUGUUUUUGAUAUUGACUUUCUUCAAUAUGAUUAAUCCUCUAUUCUCUAGUUUUUGUAUGUAAUAAUAUAUAAACCAUUUCCUGUUUACGAAUAUAUUCUAUUAUGUUGCUUCGUCUCUAAUACUCUAAGCCCCCUAUAGAGUGGUCUGUGAUUUUAUGAAGGAUUAAAAGAGAUAUGUAAU